GUCGUCCAGUUAGCAAUGGAAGCGACAAGUCUCUGAAGGCGACAACGGAUUACUAUCAUGGAAACGACCGUUUGACCACCGGAAAACGGAUUUUUUUGAAGAGACCAUGUUAGCACGGCUGUUCCGGCUCCACGGCCUGCUGGUGGCCGCCCACCCGUGGGAGGUGAUCAUCGGCACGCUGGCGCUCACCGUCUGUCUCAUGUCCAUGAACGGCCUGGCCUCCAGCAGCCGCGCGUGCAGCUGGAAAGACUGUCCCAAAGUGGACGACGAGCCGACCCGCAGCAGCGACGCCGUCAUCCUGACGGUGACUCGCUGCAUGGCUAUCAUUUACAUCUACUUCCAGUUUAAGACCCUCCGACGGCUGGGCUCCAAGUACAUUCUGGGUAUCGCCGGUUUAUUUACACUAUUCUCCAGCUUUGUUUUCAGCUCGGUCGUCAUCCACUUUUUCGGCAGAGAGCUGACGGGCCUCAAUGAAGCGUUACCUUUCUUCCUCCUCCUCAUCGACCUGUCCAAAGCCUGCACGCUGGCCAAGUUUGCCCUCAGCUCCAACUCUCAGGAGGAAGUGAGGGAGAACAUCUCUGAGGGCAUGGCCAUCUUAGGUCCCACCUUCACGCUGGACGCUCUGGUGGAGUGUCUGGUCAUCGGGAUCGGCACCAUGUCAGGUGUGCCGCAGCUGGAGAUCAUGUGCUGUUUCAGCUGCAUGUCGGUGCUGGCCAACUACUUUGUCUUCAUGACUUUUUUCCCAGCUUGUGUCUCGCUGGUUUUGGAGUUGUCGAUGGAAAGUCGCGAGGGUCGCCCCAUUUGGCAGCUGAGCCACUUUGCCCACGUGCUGGCUGAAGAAGAGCACAACAAGCCCAAUCCCGUGACGCAGAGAGUGAAGCUCAUCAUGUCUCUCGGACUCGCUCUGGUCCACGCUCACGCGCGACUGGCGGCCGAGCACCCCGGGCGCAACCGGACGGCAGCAGGGUCCUCGCGCAAGACGCUGGAGCACGGCGCCUCCAUGCUGCCGCUGCAGCUGAAUGGGGUGGACCUGGAGCAGGUGAUCACGCUCAGCCUGGCCCUGCUGCUCGCCGUCAAGUACGUCUUCUUCGAGCAGAGCGAGGCCCAGUCGUCGCUGUCCAUCAAGAGUUCCUCGGGCGGCUCGCCUCCCGCCCAAAGGCUCGCGGCGGCCGACGCCUGCUGCAGGAUGGACUUCAUCGCCGCCAAAGCCGACAAGAGCGCGACCGCAGCGGCGCAGUUGAAACUUGAGUGCAGGGAGGAAGCGAAGGCCAGUCCGUCUCCGGCGACUCCCGAUGAAUCCCAAGCUGAAGCUUCGCUUCGCCCGUUGGAGGAAUGUCUGGACGUCCUCGCGGAUCCGCAGCGAGGGCCCCGUUGCCUCAGCGACGGCGAGGUGAUCAACCUGGUGGCGUCACGUCACAUCCUCAACUACAAGCUGGACGCCGUGCUGGAGACCCCCGAGAGGGGCGUGGCCAUCAGGAGGGAGAUGUUGUCCACCGAGCUUCCCGUUCCCGCCGCCUUGUCGUCGCUCCCGUACAAGAACUACGAUUACGCCAAGGUGAUGGGCACGUGCUGCGAGAACGUCAUCGGCUACGUGCCGGUGCCGGUGGGCGUGGCCGGCCCGCUGCCCUUGGACGGCGUGCGAUUUUACGUUCCCAUGGCGACCACCGAGGGCUGCCUUGUGGCCAGCACCAACCGAGGCUGCAGGGCUCUCUCCCUGAGCGGGGGCUGCCACAGCAGAGUUCUGGCCGACAGCAUGACUCGGGGUCCCGUGGUGCGUCUGCCUUCGGCCUGCCGCGCCGCCGAGGUCAAAGCGUGGCUGGAGAGCGUGGAGGGAUUCGCCGUCAUCAAGGACGCCUUCGAUCAGACCAGCAGGUUCGCCCGGCUGGAGAAAAUGCUGGUGGGCUUAGCGGGCAGGAACCUCUACAUCCGCUUCGAGGCGCACACAGGAGAUGCCAUGGGCAUGAACAUGCUCUCAAAGGGCUGUGAAAAAGCUCUGCACCGGCUACGGCAGCAGCACGCCGACGUGGUGGUUCUCUCCGUCAGCGGCAACUUUUGCACCGACAAGAAGUCGGCCGCCAUCAACUGGAUCCUGGGGCGGGGCAAGUGCGCCGUGAGCGAGGCCACCGUCCCCGCCAAGGUGGUCCGUGAGGUGCUGAAGAGCAGCACAGCGGCGCUGGUGGAGCUCAACGUCAACAAGAACCUGGUGGGCUCGGCCAUGGCGGGCAGCGUCGGCGGCUUCAACGCACACGCCGCCAACAUCGUGGCGGCCAUCUUCAUCGCCUGCGGGCAGGACCCCGCGCAGACGGUAGGCAGCGCCAACUGCAUCACGCAGAUGGAAGCGACCGGGCCGGGCGGCGAGGACCUCUACAUCAGCUGCACCAUGCCCUCCCUCGAGGUGGGCACCGUCGGCGGUGGCACCAACCUGCCGCCGCAGCAGGCCUGUUUGCAGAUGCUCGGUGUCCAAGGCACCAGGCCCGACCAGCCGGGCGAGAACGCCCGGCAGCUGGCGCGCGUUGUCUGUGCCAGCGUCCUGGCAGGGGAGCUCUCCCUCAUGGCUGCCUUGGAGGCGGGACACCUCGUCAAGAGUCACAUGAGACACAACAGGUCCAAAUCCAACUUAGCCGGCGUGUCGUCGCCUUCCGAGGACGCCUUGUGACGCUGCGUGACGCCGUCGGUUCUCCUGUGGAAGAAAUACGCCGGCGCUCGGGGGUCCGCGUCAACGGCGGCGGUUGCGCGACGCGUCCGUCGUCCGAGUCGAGACGGUCGGACGACUCGAGACUGGACUCGCCACUGCAUGAACUCACUUGUCUUUUCUUUCUGAAUGCUUGAUUUUUCUUCUUUUUUUUUUUUGCGAUGAGAAGACUCUUUGUAGGUGGAAAUGCAUUACAGAUUUGGAAGGCGAAAGAAACUGUGAAGUAUAUUUUGAGUGUGACAGAAUAUUAAAUUAUAAAGGUUUUACGUUGGCCAAUGUGUUUGCCUUUG